AUGGCGGGACUAGUUGGUGGAGUGAAAGAGGUGGAAGUGGGGAGGUUUUGGAACUGUCGGACUUUAUCGGCAAGGGUAUGGGUGAGGGUUGAAGACCCCUUGGUGCCAGGAUUCUAUUUUUCUGUAGGGGGGGUAGAAGGGUUUGGAUACAGCGUGCGUAUGAACGUAUACAUAAACUGUGUCGGAGAUGUGGAAGGGGUUCACGAUGACGCCAGCUUCAAAAUGUACACAGCGGUGAUAAGAGCUCAUCGCUACAUGCUGGAGAGGAGGUUCACCCGGUUUCCGGAGAGCUAUGUACAAGAGUUUAACGUCAGAUAUUUGCAGAACCAGAUGGGGUGGAUGGCCAAUGGCUUCCGUUAUGAAUUGAUACUUGCAGGGGGUUCGUUGACUCCACUGAUGUUGGAAGCUCGCAGAAAUGAUGAAAAUGGGGAAGUAAGUCACCGUCGCCAGCCAAGAUUGGGUAAUAACGAUCAGGCGAGUGGGAGUGCCCGCAGCUUGGAUUUCGAUGAAGGCACUUCAACGUCUCCAAGAAGAAGAGGACGCAGUGGGACUAUGCACAGUCAAAAUUUGGCUGGCUGGCUUAUCGAAUCCCCAGACAAUGCUAGAAAACAUAUUAGUUCCAACGGUGGGGGACAUCUGGAUGAAGGGAUCACGUGA